AUGAGAGAUUCCAGCCUAGCCGUGCCGCCGAAGCGGAAAACAUCGACUGACUCCGAAGCUGACGAAAUGACAAGCUCUGGGCAGUCAGCAAAGCCGCGUAAGCGCGUGCCCGCCGAGAUCUGGGAGACGAAGCGACCGAUCAUUACCCGCCUGUACCAAGAAGAGAAGAAGUCGUUGAAGGAGGUCAUGGAGAUUAUGCAGCGCGACUACCAUUUUGCCGCCACCGUCAAAAUGUACAAGUCGAGAAUAUGGAAAUGGGGUCUCGACAAGAAACUCAAAGGUGAUGAGGUUCUGGCAAUCAUGCUUCUCAAGCGGGACAGAGACCUCCUGAAAAGACCGACUGAGUUCAGAAUCCGCGGGCAGCCAGUAGAUUUGGACAACAUCAACCGGUAUUUGAAACGCAACCCUUCGUUGAUGGCCAAAUUCAGGGCGGGACAGACGCCCAGCGUGCAAACGGCACUCGAGGUGACUUGCAGAACACCUUCGCCGCCUCCGAGCCCAGCGAUAGCCUUGGCACCAACGAUGGAGAUGCAGAGUACCGAGCAGGUUCUCUGCUUGUUCCGAGAUUACAUCGAUGGCUCCUUUUCGUCUGGAGCCUGGUGGUGCGAUUUCGACGUCGACUGCUCCAAUACCCGUUUCAACCCCGGAGACCGCAGUAAUGACUUAUUCGAGAGAGUCAUAGCCAGCUUUGCUUUGGUUAAUCGAUGCAUGAUACGAGGAGACCAGAUCAACAUCAACAGUGUCCUUGGUCCGGCCUUCGAGUCCCUGAAAGAAAUUGUAGCUGCCGAAAGUCCAGACUUUGUUGCGCGUACGGUCUGCCUGCUUUGGUAUCUGGAGCGCCAUCACAAACAUGAUCUCCUUCGACUGGUUCUCGAUUAUUUGGCCGGGCUUAUUCCGAUUGUGCUUGGGCCUCAUCAUAUCCUCGCCCAUAUCUGGCGUAGACUGGGCGCGACCGAUUUCUCCGACUACUAUGAGCUCUCUAUGCGGUUGUAUGCUCUACUGCUGCCAGACAUCGAGCAGCGGGUGGGCUCGGCCAACUACUUGACGCACCUGCUGUACAGCGACUAUCUCGAUUGUAUUUUUGCUCGACAAGAUCCGGAGGAUUGUGAGGCAAUGCUCAGCCGCCACCGGGCUCGGGCUGAGGCCUCGGGACAAGAUCACUCUUGGCUUGGCGAUAUGGCUCUGUCGCAUGCUGGCCUACUCGCAGCCUGCAAGGAAAAACAGGGCCGACUGGACGAGGCCGUCGAGGUGCUGACGGCUCAUAUGAAUGCAUACAGUAUGACAGACGAGCAGGAAGCCGCCGUUAAUCUCGAGCUGGGGGUGAAGUACUAUCGGAUGGGCAGCACCUCGGCGGCGAUCACGUCAUUCAAGUCGGCGGCUCGCAUCGCCCUAACGUCGGAUGCAGACGAAAGGAUUUCCAUGACAGCGUUAGCCAACUUGGAGAAGCUGCUCCAAGAGACAGACAACACAGCCAAGGCAGAUCGAGUACACCGAUACCGUAUGGAUCGUCUAGCAGCUUUCGCAGAGAAGUCGGCAUCGAUAUCGAAAGGCUUCACUGACGAGUACGACGACGACAGCGAUGGGACGAACGACCUUGAGGACCUGCCAGAAUGGCUGUGGAAGUGUGACGACGGCGAAGGGGCAACACCAAGCUGGCUCGAGCUACCUACUUUCGGUUGGGUCGACAAGACAUCCCCUUCAUCGUUUGUCGGUAUUCCUGCGAGCGCACUGGAAUGGACAAACACGUCUCAGUCAGGAUCUCCUGCAGUCCUGUCGACAGAGUACUCACCACAUGCAGUGGAUCAUCUGAUCGAUCCCGAGGUCGAAUAUCUGUACAGACACGACAACGGCAUUCGGCAGACUUGA